AUGCCAGAAACCUACUGCAUCGUGCCAGAAUGUAAAAAUAAGGGGGAUCACAUAUUGCCGUCAAAUAAGGAACGCAGGGAUGCGUGGAUCCAAGCCAUUCGACGCGGAAAGACCAAGUAUGAAAAAUGGGAGCCUCCCAGUAAAUAUGUGUACAUCUGCAAAAAUCAUUUCAAGGAAGACGAUUAUGUUUGUCUUACAUAUCACGGACUGAAAGCAGAACGGUGUAUAUUGAAAAAGACAGCAGUUCCAUCUCAGUUUGCAUGGUCAAAGAGCACAGAGAAGAGAAAGGCUCGUUACAUUGCAAGAUCAGUAAAAAGGUUGAAGUUUGAAAACGAAACAGAGUGUAGCAGCACUUAUAGUAAUAGCAAUGACACAUUAGUUGAGUUAGACAAUGAACUAAGUGUGGGCUGUCAACAGGAAGUUCUGACGACUUAUGAAAAUCAAAAAGCAGAGGAGAGUGUUGAGACCAGCAUAUGUGUUAACCAUUCAAGCUGUACAACUCAGACUGAGAAAUGUCCCAUGUUUAAUAUUGAAUAUUUUUCAAAUGACAAUCCUGGCAUUCAUUUGUACACAGGAUUAGAGGAUAUUACUAAAUUCUAUUUUGUAUUAUAUACUUUGGGCAGAGUAGCUUUUUGUCUAAAUUAUUUGUACCAUCAGGUUAUAAGUUUGGAUGUGCCAAAUCAAUUUUUCAUGGUGCUUAUAAAAUUAAGAAGAAACACAACAAAUUUUGAAUUAUCACGAAUGUUUGGUGUCUCGGAAAAAGUGGUUCAAAAUAUUAUAAUUACUUGGAUCAAUUUUAUGUCUCGUCAAUGGCGUCAGAUAGACAUUUGGCCAGCGAAAGAACUGGUGCACUACUUUACACCAUCUGGCUUUAUGAGGUCAUUUCCAAACACCAGAGUUAUAAUUGAUGGGACUGAAUGCCCAAUUAAAAAACCGAAAAAUCCAAAAGCCCAGCAACAAACAUUUUCUACUUAUAAAAACCGAAACACUGCAAAAGUGUUAGUUGGUGCAACACCUGGUGGACUUGUAUCAUUUGUUUCCAGUGCGUAUGGAGGUAGUGCUAGUGACCGUCAAAUUACAGAGAGGAGUGUGCUAAUGGAUAAAUGUGAUCCAAAAGACAGCAUAAUGGCCGACAAAGGCUUCAAUGUGCAAGACCUUUUUGCACCAAGAAAUAUUUCAAUAAAUGUUCCAACUUUCUUCAGAAAGAGAAAUCGACUUUCCAACAAAACUGUUCUUAAUGACAGGCGUAUUUCAAGUAAGAGAGUACAUAUUGAGAGAAUCAUCGGAUUGGCCAAAACUUAUAAAAUUUUGACAGAGCCAAUGAAUGCAACAGAGGCAAAUUUAAGUUCAGAUAUUAUUUUCAUAUGUCUCAUGCUCUGUAAUUUUAGAACAUGUAUUGUUCCAAAACACGCUUGAAAAUUGGUUCAUCCUGUCAUGAAUCUAAAGAUUGUUCUG